AUGGCCAAUUCAUCAUCGGCUGAUGAAUCGAAUGAUGAUCAAAAACAACAACAAUCACAUAAUGAUUCACGUAAUGUCAAUAAUAAUAAUAAUACCCGUAGCAGCAGUAAUAAUAAUAAUAAUUCAACAAUGAAUAAUUCAAAAUAUAAAGAAGAAAGUGAUGAUGAUGAUAAUUAUAAUAAUAAAAUAAAAAAGAAGAAAAAACGUAAACAUAAUGAUUCGGAUGAAGAUGAUUAUAAACCGGAAAAAAGUAAAACAAAAAAAUCUAAAAAAGAUAAACAUUCAAAUAUUGAUGAUUCAAAAAAAUUAAAAAAACAAAUUAAACGUGAAUAUAGUGAUGAUGAUGGUGGCGAAGGUGUUAAUGAUCAUUCCGAUGAUUAUGAUUCGGAUUAUAAAUCAUCAACAAAAAAAUCAACGAAAAAAUCGAAAACAAAACAAUUGGAUUUAAGUAGUGGUGGUGAUAAUAAAAAAUUAAAAAAAACAAGAAGAUGA